AUGACAACUACAGAUCAUGAAGUUGCAAAAGAUUUCGACUAUUUUGAGGCUGGAGCAGGCAAACUCAGUUUCACCUUGAAAGUGUCCUACCAGGAACUUCCAGGCAUGGCAGCGAACAAGAAGACGUUCAAGGUUCCAUUCAAGUUACAGUAUAAAGGGCACGCCAUGUGGUGGUUUGUCCUCGUCAUGCAAGAACUCAAAAAGAAUUACAGCCGGUGUGUCUAUAUUUAUUUACGAGCCUUGCUCCACGAUGACACUUCUGUUGAAAAAGCUCUCGUAUCGUACGACGAUGAGGACCAAGUGUCAAUCAGGCGAAAUGCUCUAGAAUUCGUUGAUAAUAUAUUGAAGCAUGCAAUUGACUCCCAGUACAUUAGUCAAAUUGGUCUUGCUGAAUCCAAGGAAACAGGAUUGGCUAUAUUCAAGCGCAUAUUUGACGUAUCACUUCAGUACCAGGCAAUUGAAUUAGCCCAAAUCAUAGUUGCAUGGAGAAAACCGUGGGAAACGUUUGCGCUCAAUUCAGUCCAUAAAUCGCUAGAUCCGGACUCACAGUACAAACUAUUCUUGAUAACGCAUAAGCUCCCCGAUCCAUACGUGUACUACGUUUUGGAAGGUUUUGACAUGUCGAUCUUGGAGGAUUCUCUUGCAAAAGAGUUCAAAGAGUCGGGGAUCUCGACACUCGACCUCAGGGAGUAUGCUCAUCGAGGUUUCAAGACCUACGACAGUAUGCUGGUUAACCAGCUCGACUACUUUGAGGCUGGAGCUGGAAAGUUGAGCUUUCGUCCACUAGAACUAACGCAUAAGUUACAACUGGAACAGCCAGGUAGCACGACGAACUUCAGGAUCCCAUUUAAACUAGCUCAGAGAAAACAUGCCAUGUGGUGGUUUCAACUUUUAAUGCCCCAAAUCAAAUACAAUUACGACCGUUUUGCUUAUGAUUAUUUGAGGGCCUACCUUCAAGAUGAAGCAAAAGGUGAAGAGUUUCUCAAACAGUAUGACGAAGCCAAACAAGAUUUGAUCAAAAAAAACUCUUCCUUAGUGGCACAUACGAUCAUACAAGAAGGUGUAUAUGUCAAUCUUCAACAAGCGGUUAGAAUAGGUCCGAAAUGGGUGUCAACGUUGGCAGAUUUUAAGCAGCUAUUUGACCAAUCACUCCAAUACGACCAUAUGGAGCUCACAACACUAAUACUUGAUUGGCGCACACAGUGGAAAACUCUUACAUCACGCCGUGAUAACGGAACGCUAGAUUGUGAUACAAGAUACCACCAUUUCUUGCAUACCCAUAAACUCCCCGGAAUCUACUUCUUAUACGCCUGGGAUGAUAUAGAUGAAAGAGAGUUGAUGUCCGCUCUAGCGGAUGAGUUUGAUAAUUCUGGUAUCAAAAAACUUGACCUCAGACCAAUUGCUCAUGAAGGAAUAGAGAAUGCUGACGGGUGGUCGGGACGCUUCUAUCAGGCUGCCGCCGAAAUGAGCCCCAGCAUCUUCAACAACUCCCGUUUUCGAAGAGAGCUGAUUGCCCAUUCUCAAGGAAUGGGCGGUGUCUCCUGGGGCAGCGUGACCAUCGGCCUGUGGCUCAAGGACGAGGUGAUGAUGUACCAAAACCACCCUUCUGCUGGCAACUCCCAGCUUCCUGGGAACCUUAUUAACCCUAGAAGGGGCCUGUUCCGGAUGUCUUCCGUGGCACCUGCUGCCGCCCAGAACAACGCCCUGCUCCAUCCAGGCACGCUCUCACCGCCCAACACAACGCUGUACCUCCCUACGUUGGAGGCGGACUACUGUAAAGACUACUCGUGCUGCGGCCAGCUUUUGCCCACGCUACACGACUUACUCAGACACUACGAGGAGGCCCACAUUCUGGCGUCUCCUCCGCAAGAAGCCAACUCGCAUCUCCUUGCGGCCCACCGUAACCGCAACAACAUCAACAACAUCCAUAACGUCAUGGAAACGGUGCUGACCACCGAUGUGUUCUUGAACAACCACCACCACCAGCAGGCGGCGCAGCAGCAGCAGUCGCAGGGCUCUUUGCAUCUCCCGGCCUCUCAUUUCAAUUUACAAAACCAGACCAUUUCUCAGGGGGCCGUUGCCGACAGCAUGCUGCCUUCUGGAAACGGCACUGCCCAGCCACAGCAUGGAAACGCCCAGCAGAGGCACCUUCCGCCUCACCGGGUCAACCCAGCAGGCGCUGCAGACGCCGAAAACGAUAGCAUGUAUAUUGACGAUCCUGCCCGUCACUUGUAUGUGAUGGAAAACGAGGAGUACAAGCCGUUCAAGUGUCCGGUGAUUGGUUGCGAAAAAACCUACAAGAACCAGAACGGUCUCAAGUACCACCGGCUCCAUGGCCACCAGAACCAGACGCUCAAGGAGAACGACGACGGUACGUUUUCCAUCAUCGACCCAGAGUCCAACACCCCUUACCUUGACGGUGCAGGCAUGGAGAAAGACAAGCCUUACCGCUGUGAGGUUUGUGGUAAACGGUACAAGAACUUGAACGGUCUUAAGUAUCACCGUGGUCACACAACACACUAG